CAACUGCCCGACAAUACGACGAUGAUGCUUGACGCCCGAUAUUUUACAAUUUGCGCGAUUUUUUACGCGGCUCGCGCUACACCUCUGAUAGCGGAAAAGCUCAACCUCGAUGUGCUAAAUAACUACAGCGAGUUUUUAAAUUUCGGGGAUAAAAAACUGCACAAACUAAAAAGCGACAACUUGGAAAACGCCAUUUUCAAAUCAAAGCUCGAGGUGCUCGGCGAGAUAUUCAAAAAGAACGUGGAAUUCUUCAAGAUGUCCGAUCGGCUCGACAUCGUUUUUUUGGUGGACGCGAGUUCCAGCGUAGGCGACGACAAUUUCAGGAGCGAGCUGAAGUUUAUUAAAAAAAUGUUAAGCGACAUUACCGUCGACUACAAUCAUACCAGAGUGGCGGUGGUCACUUUUAGUUCGCCAAGCAACACGGUGGUAAACCUCAACUACAUCAACCGGCCAUCGAAGGAGCACAACAAGUGUCUGCUGCUCAACGACCAGCUAGUCAAGAUCGAAUACAGUGGCGGCGAAACCUACACUGUGGGGGCCUUCCAAAAGGCCAAGGAAAUAUUCGAAGAUAUCGACGAAUCGAGAAACGACUCCAAGAAGAUACUCUUCCUGAUAACCGACGGGUAUUCGAACGGCGAAAGCCCUCUGUCAGUUGCCGGCGAACUAAAAGAACAACGCGUGACUAUUUUCACGGUCGGAAUACGUAACGGCAACUACAAGGAGUUGUACGAAUUGUCCUCAAGCCCAGGAGAAUUCUACAGCUACCUGCUCGACAGUUUCGACGAGUUCGAAGGUUUGGCUAGGAGAGCUCUACACGUAGACCUAUCCACCGGGAAUUAUAUCCCAUUGGGCGUCAACGGGCCGUGCGACAAACUGUGCGAAGGAGGCGACUGCUGCGAUGAGCGUGCAGUCUGUACCUGUGGCACGACAACAGGACAUUAUUCCUGCGUAUGUCAAUCAGGAUUCUACGGCUCGGGCUUGAAAAACGACUGUUUACCCUGCACGGCAGGGACGUACUCUCAUGGCCCGAACCUGUGCCUGCCCUGCCCGGACGUUCACCACACAACAAUGCCGCCCGCUUUGGGCAGGGAGAGCUGCGUGUGUAAAGAGGGAUUUCAAUCGGAUGGCAACGACGGUUGUAAAAUACUGAAAUGUCCGAAAAUGUCAGCGCCCCAGCACGGAUACAUCGUGAAAAAAAAAGAGUGCAGCAACGUUUUAAACAGCGCGUGUGGUAUUAGAUGCGAAGUUGGCUAUACACUGGUGGGGAGCAGUAUCCGGCUCUGCAGAGACGACGCCACCUGGAGCGGCAUCGAACCGACAUGCGAAGUGAAAACGUGCAGUAGACCGGCGGCUCCGAAAAACGGACACAUGACCUGCGAACACGCGGACCUAAAUAUCACCUACGACGGGGAAGAAAAAUACCUGCCAGUCGACACGAUCUGCAAUUUCGGAUGCGAAGACGGACGCGUGCUUAUAGGGUCCGCGCAGCGCACGUGCCUGCCGAUUGCGCAAUGGGACGGUCUCCGGUCCACUUGCAAACAGAUAAAAUGCAACAAGCUGCCGCAAAUAAGUUACGGACACGUCGAACCCCCCAGCUGCACAGCGAAAAAACAGGAAUACGGGAACACUUGCCAGGUGGUUUGCGAUGGCGGUUUUAGGUUUGCGGGAAGGGAGCGGGAAUACGUAUGUGGAAAGUUCGGCAGGUGGACCGGCGAAGUCCCGGAAAUUCCCUGCAGUGACGACGUCCCGCCCGAGUUGGUGUGCCCGGACAACAUAACAAUCACCACUUUACCCGGUAAAAAUUACGCGCAGGUCUCAUGGGACGCCCCUAACGUAACAGAUAAUUCGCGAAUGGACGUGACCGUGUGGAGCAACUUGGGAACGGAAAACCUCGCGGACAUCAAAUUCGAAAUCGGAACCACCACGGUGAACUAUUUCGCUCAGGACAUUUUUAGAAACACGGCCAAGUGUAAAUUCUUCGUCCAAGUCAAAGAUAACGAACCGCCGAUUAUAGAGGGCUGCGUGAACCCGGCCCCUUUCCUGACGACGAAUGCGAAAGGGGAAAAUAUCACGUGGGACGAACCGCUCAUCUACGACAACUCGCGAAAUGUGACCGUGACGAAAAAUAAAGAAUUCGGCAUAUUCGCAAUCGGUACCACAACUGUGACGUACGAGGCGCGAGACCUUGCAGGGAAUAGGAACGAGUGCAACAUUAAUAUCACUGUCGAAGAAUCGAAAUGCGAACCGCUAUGGGGCCCAGAUAACGGAAGCAAACAAUGCACGGACAGCAUGGACCAAGUCCAGUGUCUGAUCACCUGCCAAGAGGGUUACGCAAUCCCUUUGCAAACUUCUGGGAUCAUCGACGCCGGAAACGCAACCAGUUUCUUAUGCACUCACGCCGACGCCGUCUGGUACAACCCCGGCGGACUCGCCUAUCCGGAAUGUUCCGUGACGAAAAUUCCGGAAGAUAGCGAGAGGGACGGUAGCGUAGACAUUGCGUUGCAGAACGACGCAUGUGACGACAAAGAGAUAGCCGAGAUCGAGAACGAAAUUAGGACAACGCUGUCCAACGAAAUCUGCUCCGAAGGCCCGUGUUCGGUGAACCUGUCUACCGAAUGCGACAGGGAAUCGAUCGAGGAGUCCUCUAACAGGAUCGUGAUAAAGAGGCAGGUUUUCCAAGAGGUGCCGCACCGGAACAAGGAGAAACGAAACAAAAAACGCUUGAACGUGAAAUUUCAAGUGAGGGGAAAGUACGUGGACGGCGCCAAGACGCCUUCGACUAAAUUAAGACUGCACAACGCCAACGCGACGCUUAAAUAUGGCGGCAUAAAAUUCGUGUGUCCCGCAGGAUUUAUACCGCGGAAAAACCGAUGCGUUCAGUGUCCGCGGGGAACGUUCCACAACGAGACCGGAAACCGAUGUCAGAGUUGCGAUUUCGGGUUUUACAACGACGAAUUGGGCAGGACGAGGUGCAAACCAUGUCCGCCGAACCAUUCGACCGGACGCGUCCACUGCAAGAGCGCGAAAGAGUGCAAAGGUAACGCGCGCGAACCUCCUUCGCGGUUACGGUCACGUUGGGCAUUGUCCCGUAUUUCAGAGCAAUGUCCGCCGGGCACACGCGCGAGAAGGAAAAUCAUCAAGCACUCAAAACAUCAGAACGGGGGCGUGGCGAGGGAGAGGGCGACACUGCAGCCCCACUGCUUGUCGUGUCCAGUAGGAUCUUACCAGCAGCAAUACGGACAGCUCAAGUGUGUCCAGUGUCCCGAGGGUCACACGACCGCGACCGUCCGUAGCGGCGAUUCGUCGUUUUGCAUUCCAACUUCGCGCGGCAUCUGCACGUCCGACAAGGCGGUCUGCGAACACGGCAAAUGCCACGCCGUCAACGGUUACGAGUACGCCUGUGCGUGCGACGAAAAUUACAUCGGAACUCGAUGCGAGAAGCACGUGUCCGAAUGCGUCUCAAGACCGUGCCUCGGUGGUGGCACGUGCGUCGACCUCGAAGGGGGCGGCUAUCGGUGCGAAUGCCCCGACGCUUUCGCGGGCAAACGAUGCGAAACAUCCGCCGAUGAGUGCGCAAUAGUUUGCGAGAACAACGGCACCUGCGUCGAGGUGGAAGACGACGAAGUGACGUGUCUGUGUCCCAAAGGUUUCGAGGGUCAGAGGUGCGAACGAGUUAUAACGUACUGCACGGCCUCGACGUGUGACAACAACGCCACCUGCGUGGAAGAAGCAGACACGUUUCGAUGCGAGUGCCGCGACGGACAUAUCGGCAAACGUUGCAGCAUCUUGCCCUGCGACUACAGGCCGUGUGAACAGGCAGCGGUGUGCGUCAAUUUACCCGAAUCCAACGCCACGAGGCAGAGCUACCGGUGCGUCUGUCCAGACGGUUACACGGGCGAGAAGUGCUCGCAUAAAAUUAACCACUGCGCCGACUCGCCGUGCCGAAACGGCGGGCGUUGCGUCGACGGCGAGACAAACUACGCGUGCGUGUGCGAGCCGCCAUUUCACGGCGACCAGUGCCAGCUGAAGAGGAACACCCGGUAUAUGCUGAACUUUCCGCGAUACGACGUUAACGACUACGUUAAACUGAGGGGAUUCAAGCGUAACCUUUCGGCGAUUUCCGCCUGCCUGUGGAUGCAGACGGUAGACAACUUCAACUACGGAACCCUCCUGUCUUACGCUACCCGCCAAUCUGACAACGCCUUCACCCUGACCGACUACACGGGGUGGGUGGUUUCGCUCUUGUUUUACCUCAAAACCACGCAUACCCGUUGCAUUUACAGCCUGGUGUUGUAUGUAAACAAUCAGUACGUAGUAACGGACGUGCUGUUGAAUGACGGAUACUGGCACCACGUUUGUGCCCUGUGGCAGAGCCGCGGGGGCGUCUACAGGGUCUAUGUCGACGGAAAAUCUGUGAAAAACGGCACCGGACUGGCCACUUCCUCCUACAUUGAAGGCCACGGGUUCCUCAUCGUCGGCCAAGAACAGGACAUAAUCGGAGGGAAAUUCAGUCAGGCCGAAUCCUUUGUCGGCAACAUGGCUUACGUCGACGUAUGGUCGUAUCCCAUUUCAGACGACGACAUACUGAACCAUCUGAAUGACUGCAGGGAUACAUCGUUCGGGAAUUUGUAUUCGUGGCCCGAGAUGCAGGACAACAUCAACGGAAACGUCCAAAUAUUGAAUACGUCGUUCUGUCAAAAAUGCUCAGACCCGAAACCGCUCUACAAUGGCCUAAUCGACCUGGUGGACAACACAGCGUUCUACUCGUGUUACCCCGGCUAUGAAAUCAGCCACAAGAGCUACUCGAAGGGCAGGAAGUGCACGAAAACGUCAAAGUGGGAGGGUUUCUACGAACCGUACUGCAAACGAGUGUAUUGCGGCUACCCGGGCCACGUGGCCAACGCCUACUCAAUCGGAAACCGGUUCUAUUACAACGAGAAAAUAACUUACCGGUGUUACGACGGAUUUGAAUUGGCCGGGAAUGGUACGAUCGUGUGCAGGGCGGACGGCCAAUGGUAUCCCGACAAGCCCCGAUGUCUCGGUACCCGAUGUCCGAUGCCGGAAGUCUCCGGCGGUACGAUCGCAAUCGUGUCGGAUCAAACGGGCGACGAAUCAGACAGCUCGACUGGUGGCGGGGCCGACUUUGGCACACAAAUAAAAGUGUCCUGCCGUGGAAAUGCCGGCGUCGCAUCGCUACUCACGUGCACCGAAAACGGUACUUGGGACGUGGAGGCACCGACAUGCGUGCCACCUGUCGGUGACGAUGCCGACGACGGCAAUUCAACGAUGCUCAAUUGCGCGGUCAACCUGAUACCCAAGGCGCCGGAGAACGCUGUUGUCGAUCAAGACUCGCUCCGCGUCGUCAAGAACGGUACCGAAAACGUGGUGCGGUACAAGUGUAAACCGGGCUUUAGGUUAUCCGGUCACGACACGUCUGUGUGCAUUACCGACGGCUACUGGAGCGAGCUGAACAUGACGUGUAAAGAAAUCCGUUGUCCAGAGCCGCCCACGUUCAAGAACAUGCGAAAAACAAAAACCGACGCUGUCUACCGCUUCGGCGCCGUUCAGAGUUACGAAUGCGACGACGGCUACAAGCUGUUCGGUUCGAACAACAACAUUAGGUGCACCGCGGCCGGAAAAUGGACCCGGAUGUUAGGAAAAUGCACCAGAAAAGCGUGUGGUAAACCACCCGCGCAGCCCGGAGCGCGAAUCGCUGGUAACUCAUACCUCUACGGGGACAAGGUGACCCUCUCGUGCGCCGACGGCCGAUCGGUCCAUCUGUUGUGCGACAAAAGCGCCACCUGGAGCGGCCCCGCCGAUUUAAAGUGCUAA